AUGGACCGCUUCUCGCAGUCAUCUUCUUCGGCCGGCGCUCCCACCAACUCGACCGAGGCCUCGCGGUCCUCUCUCAACUCCAUGCUUGCCCGUCCGUCCGUUCCCCCGAGGCCCCCGGAGCACCUCAGGCUCGACCAAGUGUCCGACUUCAUCGACGAUGCCAAAUUGCCCCCACCCAGGAGCGCCGUUGAUGUACUGUUCUCCAAACAGCUUGCGGGGGCCGAAAAACGCAAGGCCAACUCCAUAUACCACAUUGAUAUGUCAUUAUCAUCAUCAACAGUGGCGACUAAGCACGGAAACAAUAUUAUCAAGUUCUGGUCAGUACCCACAGGCUCCUUAUUCACCUCUGUCAAGGUGCAGGCGUACAUUGAGGCGCGCAGCCGGUCCCGCGACUACAUUAUUCGCAGCCAUACCAUACUUUCAGAGUCCGCACAGUUGGCCGCCAUCGCAACGCAUUUUGGCAGGACUAUUGAGAUAUGGAACUUCACCAAACCCAAGCGUCUACAGACGAUUGAGGAUGCUGAUCGGUGGGUAGCCAGCCGCUUCGAGUCGUACGGUAGCGGGUGGAGCGCCCUGGCGGCCUAUCGCUCCAGGGACUCGGUAAUCGAUCUGUUUGCUGCUACGACGCGCGACAAGAAGCCGUUUCUCAAGGUCCGCACCAUCGACCUGCGCAAGGCCGGCCUCCCCUUGCUCCCUCAGUUCCCCGAGCUCGCAAUAUCAUCGACGAGUCCGCUCCUUAUAGCCGCAUCGGGGCCCCGCACCCCUCGCGCCGGGCAUCCGCCACCAGACCGCGAGACUCUUCUUGUCGCCUGGGAUAUCUCAGAUUACCGCGACGUGUCCAGCAAGCCCUACCGAGUCGUUCGCCCUUGGCAGCACCGCGAGCUUGAGACAGCCAUGCCGUGUGAACUGGUCAUCUAUGGCGAUAUCAUCAUCUCCAUGUGGAUCCCCGCUGGCCACCGCACCGUCACUAAGACCAAGGCAAGCGGCGACUUCGAAUACACCUUGGCUCCAACUCCCGUUCCCUUCCGCUACGUUCUGGUUUGGGACCUGUCUGAGAACUCAACGCGCACGUACGGUAUCCCCAACACAACGUGUUGCAUCUCCCCCGACUGUCGCUUCGUUGCCUACUGCCACAUCGCAGACAAGCGAUCCAAGCUCGCCAUCCUCGACGCUCAGUCUGGAGACGAGCUCUGGUCGGUCGGUGGGGAGGGCGCACAAACCUCGCUUCAAAGCAUGGGUGACCUGGCAAAGGUGACGGAGAUAGGGUUUUCGCCAGAUAGCCUCCAUAUUAUUCUCGGUGACAGUGAUGGAAAUGCUAGUCUUUUUGAUGUUAGAGAGACCAUCAAGUAA